UCCGCUUAGCUAUCUCUUUAACACAAAGCCAUUACCCAAACCCGCGCUCCGCUCGCUCUCCACCGCUCGCCGCGCACGCCUCACCGGAGACCAGCCCGACGGCGGCGGCGGCGGCGUCGGCGGCAGCAGCGGGAGCUUGGACUGAGAUGAGGACGAGGAGUGGAUCUCUCUACCGCAGCGGCGGCGGCGGCGGGGAGACGGCCAUGGUUGGGCAGAAGAGGAAGAGGUCGUCGUUGCCGCCGCAGUACGCCACCGCCGGUGACUGCUGCGGCGGAGGAGGCCGCCGGAAGAGGCUGGCCGGUGGUGGCCCGGAUUACCUCGACGAGCUCCCCGACGACCUCGUCCUCGCCGUGCUCUCCAAGCUCGCCGCCUCCGCCUCCUCCCCUUCCGACCUCCUCUCCGUUCACCUCACGUGCAAGAGGCUGAAUGGGCUGGGGCGCCAUGACAUGGUCUUCGCAAAGGCCUCGCCGGCGUCGCUCGCCGUCAAGGCGGCGUCGUGGUCGGAGCCCGUGCAGCGAUUCCUCAAGCUCUGCGCCGACGCCGGCAACCUCGAGGCCUGCUACAUUCUCGGCAUGAUUCGGUUCUACUGUCUUGGCAACCGGAGCGGCGGCGCGGCGCUGCUGGCGAGGGCGGCGGUCGGCGGGCACGCGGCGGCGCUCUACUCGCUGGCGGUUAUCCAGUUCAACGGGAGCGGCGGCGCCAAGUCGGACCGCGACCUCCGCGCCGGGGCGGCGCUGUGCGCGCGCGCCGCCGCGCUGGGGCACGUCGACGCGCUCCGCGAGCUCGGGCACUGCCUCCAGGACGGCUACGGCGUGCGCCGCGACCCCGCCGAGGGCCGCCGCUUCCUCGUCGCCGCCAACGCGCGGGAGCUCACGCUCGCGCUCGCCGCCGCGGCGUCGCACCGCCCCUUCGCCGCCCUCCCCCUCGCCGGCGGCGCCGCCGCCGGCGCCAUCGGCUGCCCGCUCCUCUCCGACUUCGGGUGGAGCCUCCCGGAGGCGGAGCCCCACCCGGCCAACCUCUUCAUGGCCGACUGGUGGGCGUCCCGCGGCGUGCAGGCGACGGCCAAGAAACCCGGCCUCGAGGCUCCCGCUGCCGCCACCGGCGACAGCGACGGCGGCGGCGAGCUCCGCCUCUGCUCCCACGUGCGGUGCGGCCGGAGGGAGACCCGCCGCCACGAGUUCCGGCGGUGCUCCGUCUGCGGCGCGGCCAACUACUGCUCCCGCGCGUGCCAGGCGCUGGACUGGAAGCGCGCGCACAAGGCGCAGUGCGUGCCCAUGGACCGGUGGCUCCUCGCCGCCGGCGAGGCCCAGUGACUCGCCGCCGCCGCCAACUACUCCCUUAGACCAAUCGGUCCACCGGUUUAACGCUGGACCGGGUGUAGCCAAGGCAAGUGGCAGAGAGAAAAAAUUGAGGAAGCUUUUUUUUUCUUUUUUUUUCUUUUUUACCGUUUCCAUCGAUGUCGUCUUGUCAGAUGUACGUAUUCCACUAGGGAAGAAGAGGGUAGAGAUGCUACGGAUGCUUUUUACUCGCAUUA